AUGAAUGUAUUAGUAUAUUCCGGUCCAGGAACCACCGCUGACGGUGUUAAAAAUUGUUUAGAUUCUUUACGAUUACAUUUAGCUUCGUACUAUGCUGUCCUCCCUGUUAAUGAAACUGUUUUGCUAAAUGAACCAUGGCAGAGAAAAACAUCUUUAUUGGUAAUCCCUGGUGGCGCCGAUCUACCAUAUUGCAAGACAUUCAACGGCAAGGGAAAUGAUUUAAUUUCGAAAUAUGUAAAACAAGGUGGUAAAUUUUUGGGUAUUUGUGCUGGUGGAUAUUAUGCCAGUGCGAGAUGUGAAUUCGAGGUCGGGGAUCCUAAAAUGGAGGUCUCUGGACCAAGAGAAUUGGCUUUUUAUCCUGGAACCGCAAAAGGCGCUGCAUUUAAAGGAUUUGUUUAUGAGCUGCAUGUUGGAGCAAGAGCCGCUAAAAUACUGGUAAACACAAGUGCGUUACCAGGAUGCCCAGCUGAAGUUUUCAACUAUUUCAAUGGAGGGUGUAUAUUUGCUGAUGCUGGUAAAUACAAGAACGUUGAAAUUUUGGCCAAGUAUGAUGAAGAAACUGAUGUUGAAGACACUGACAAAGCAGCAGCUAUUUAUCGAAAGUUCGGUAAAGGUGAUGUUAUUUUGAGUGGUACUCACCCGGAAGCUAUUGCUCAUUCAUUAAAACCCAGAGAAACAGAUGGGCCAAAUUAUCCUGGUGUAGUAGCAAAGUUGCAAGAAACUGACCACAACAGAAGAGUGUUUCUUAAGGAAUGUUUAAAAAAGUUGGGUCUUCGUGUUUCAGAGAAUGUCGACACAACAAUUCCACGAGUUACCCCAAUGUACGUGGUUUCCCCUUACGAUAACAAAGUCAGAGAUAUCUAUACUACCUUGAAAGAAAACUUGAAUUUGAAAGACGAAUUGUUUCAGGAUCAUAAUGACAACUUUGUGUUUGUUGACGAAUCCAGAGAAGACUAUGAUGCUAUUGAAGAUGAUAGUGGGUACGACGAAGAUGAUCCAACCAAGUCAACAAAAUAUAUCAACUUCUUGACUUCAAAAACUAUCCCAACAAACAAAAUGGUGCACCAUUUUAACCUUGAGAAAUAUUUCAGUUCCUUGAACACAUUGUCUAACGGCAAUGCUGGUGAGAUUGGUAGCGUUUUGGGAUACUCGGAAGUCAUUACUUCAACCAACACUAUCUUGGACAAGAAUCCGCUAUGGUUGGAACAUCUUCCUCAUGGGUUAACUUUAACUGCAUCAACCCAGAUUGCUGGUAGAGGAAGAGGUGGUAAUGUGUGGGUAAAUCCAAGAGGUGUUCUUGCCACAUCUAUUCUUUUCAAAGUCCCUUCUUCUCCGACUUCUUCUUCAACGGUUAUUACUUUGCAGUAUUUAUGUGGAUUAGCAUUCAUUGAAGCCAUCUUGGGUUACGGAAGCACAUUUCCAGGUAAAGGUGUCGGGUAUGAAGAUAUGCCUGUUAGGUUAAAGUGGCCAAAUGAUAUUUUCAUAUUGAAACCAGAAUAUUUCAAGGAAUUAAAGGACAAAGACGAUGUCAGUUCCACUGUGGAUGGAGACGAUGAAAAAUUUAUCAAAAUUUCAGGAGCAUUGAUUAAUUCCCAAUUCAUCAACGGGACAUUUUACUUGGUCUGGGGUGCCGGUGUAAAUGUAUCAAAUCCAGCACCAACAACUUCCUUAAACUUGGUCUUGCAAAAAUUGAACGCCAUUCGUGAGAAACAUGGCCUAGCUUCAUUGCCAGAUUAUGAACCAGAAUUGUUACUCGCCAAGAUCACUCAUACGAUAGAUCAGUUCUAUACCGUGUUUAAGAAAUCAGGAUUAACUCCAUUUUUGCCAUUGUAUUAUAAGCGUUGGUUCCACUCAAACCAGUUGGUAAACGUUGAUAAUGGGUCUGGUCAAAGAAGUUGUAUCAUAAAAGGAAUAACACCUGAUUAUGGAUUGUUGAUUGCUGAAGAUGUACGCAAUCAUGAAGUUUUACAUUUGCAACCAGAUGGUAAUUCGUUUGAUAUAUUCAAAGGUUUAGUGUACAAAAAGAAUACAUAG